UACCAAGAAGUUUUAAACAAGUUUAUCUGCUUUUGCAACAUUUUUAGAUUUUCAUAUGUAUAGGUUUGGACCAACCCACAAUAGGAAAAGAAAUAAUAACAGCAGGUUUUGUGUGACAUUUGUUACCAUUAUGGCUCUACGAUUUGUAGCCCUGUUACUCAUGGCCACUUUGCAGGGUGGUCAUUGUGACAAUUGCAGCUACAAUAGUCUUGUAAAGAAUGCCUUGAAUCUCUCAGAGUCUAAUGAAAUGUAUAUGAAGGUGCGUCCUGUCAACAACUGGAGAAAUUGUUCAGUGGUAUAUGUAGACAUGACCUUAUACACCAUUGUAUAUCUGGACAUGUAUAAGCAGUCCAUGAUAUCAUAUCUCUGGGUCAAAAUGGACUGGAUAAAUGAGUUGAUAAGUUGGAAUUCAACGGACUAUUGUAACAUUAACAAAGUGCUUGUUCCUUCUGAUAACUUUUGGCUGCCCGAUCUCUAUAUCUAUGAAUUGACAGAACAAAACAGCCCCUCGAGAGUUAACUAUGUAGAGGUCCAGAAUGAUGGAAAAUGCUCCCUUUCAGUGCCCUUAAGGAGUGUCAGCAGCUGUGAUCUAAAGCUCUACAAGUUUCCCUUUGAUGAUCAAUCCUGUAAUCUAUCCUUUGGUCCUUAUCUUUAUCCAGUAACAGAAGUUACGAUGCUGCCAUUUUCAGAUUCUAAGACAGUAACUGAAAAAUCUAACAACCGCUAUUCUGGCAAAGGGGACUGGGACUUUAUUUCAGUUAAGGUGACAAACACAUCUUAUGACUGGAAUGGUGCUUAUUACAGCAGAAUUUACUAUGAGAUUUCCAUAAAAAGGUCACCUAUUGCUUAUGUAAUGAACCUCAUCCUUCCAGCUGGUCUCCUACUUGUACUUGACUUGUGCAGCAUGUGCAUGAAGGCAUCAUUUGACGAAAGACUGGGCUUUAAAAUAACUAUUAUCUCUGGGUUUGUUGUACUUUUGCUGAUUCUCAAUGAUAUCCUCCCUGACUCUGAUGCCAUGCCUGCUUUAGGUUAUUUCUUCUGUGCCUCUCUCAGUAUAAUGGUGGUCAGCUCAGUUGGAAGCAUAAUGAUAUUACAUGUUCUGAGCCAAUGCAGCUCACAUUCAGAUGUCCCGCCAUGGAUAAAGACCUGGAUUCUGAAGUAUCUGGCAUAUAUCCUGUGCUUUAAGAAAAAGUUCCAUACAGAAGAUAUUGCCAGUUUUGUACCAGCUGACAAUGAAUACAAAACAGAGAAAAUCUCAGAUGAAUGUCCGAUAAGAAGCGAAAAAACCCAGACAACAGCAAAACAUGCCCUGGAAGUGAAAAUGCUAAAAAAGUUUUUGAUUGAGAUACUUAAAAUUCGAAAGGAACUGUUGAUCUCUAAGAAAGCAAAUGAAAAUAAAUCAGACUGGAGCUCAGUUGUACAAGUGCUGGAUCGUCUGCUCCUCAUCUUGUACAUCACAGCAAUGAGCGUUACAUUCAUUGGCACUGCCAUAACUUGGGCUACAUGAAUUAAAUAUACUGUAUAAAACGGCACCAGAUCUCUGCAAAUGUGUUACCCUGGUAAUAAAAGCUCUGAAUUUA